GGGGCUUCGGCUACAUAUGCUCAGCAUGUGCCAUCAGUUACUUCAUAUCUGUGGCACAUUUGAAUUUCAGCAUCUCAUCUUCAGGGAACUGGGUGUUUUCUCCUCCAGAGUCAAACCACUAGCUUGGCAUGCCUAUGCUGGUGGACUGCUGAUGGCUUCCUGCCUCUGGCGUUGCCAAAGAAUGACUGACAGACUGGAGUUUUCAAACCCUGACCAGGCAUUAAGUUCUGGAGGGAGUCAUUUGGUCAUGCUGGCGCCAGAGUCCGAAGUGCUGCCCGGACAAGUCUCUUCCAGUCUUUUUGGUGGCUUGAAAGCAAGGGGAGGUUCGGUGCGUGACCUGCAUUUGCACUUGCAUGCAGCAGACCCAGCUACUGUUGCUGCCGUUGUCUGCCCAGAAGCCCCUGUGUCCCUCCAUUCAUCCAUUUCUGCUUCAAACUCUUACCAAAGGCAGCCUGCCAGUGGCGCAUUUUGCCAAAGCUCUGGGAGCAACAAUGUGGUAUGGGGGGGAGUGUGUGUUGGAGCUGGGGUCAUUUUGGUUGCUUGGGCUCGUGACUGGUCAUGCAGCCUGUCUUGCGCACAGACGGCCCUGAAUGCAUCGGGAGGAAUGUGGUGUAACGUCCUUACAGUCUGCCAGAGGUCUUCACCUUGUGGUUUGACUCAUGAAGGCCACGCCAGGGAUGUGGAGCAGGUGUACUUGCGUUGCUCCCAAGGUUCUCUGGAGUGGCUCUAUCCCACGGGGGCCAUCAUUGUUAACCUCCGACCCAACACGGCCUCCCCUGCCGCCGCCCGCCUCUCUGUGUGCAUCAAACCCUCUGCACACUCCAGCGGCACCAACAUCUACCUGGACCGUAAUGGCAAGCUGCGUUUACUGCUACGUGAUGAGGACCAAGCUCAGGGCAAGGUGCAGUGUUUCAGUAUCCAGGAGGGGGCUGUCUUCAUCGAGGCGGUCCCGCACAUGGACAUCAGCCGCCGCAUCACGGCGUUCCAGUAUGAGCUGGUCAACGAGAGGCUGGGGCCAUUGGCACACUCACAGGGUGCACCUUGUCAGCCCUGCAGCAACACUGAAAUGCUUCUAGCGGUCUGCACCAAUGACUUUGUGGCACGGGGCAGCAUUAAGAAGGUGGAGCAGGAGGAGAAGGAGGAGCACUCGACUGUCACUGUGGAGAUCAGCCGCCUCUACAGACAGAAGACCCAGGUUUUUGUAUCUGGUGGUGUGAGGGUACGGAGGUGGACUGGCCACAUUAAAAUGCCCCUUCAGUGUGGGGGGAGGUUCGGGGAGGGCGAGUUCCUCUUCACCGGGACAGUGAGGUUUGGGGAGGCCUGGAUGGGAUGCGCACCACGCUACAAAGACUUCCUCCAGUUGUAUCACGAGGCACAGAAUCGGGGGACCAACCCCUGUCACGUGGACACAAACUAAGUGUGUUACCUGCCCAUGCUUGGAAAUAAGACAUGUCCUUACUGGGUGGGAAGGAGAGAUGAACCAAGAGUUCAUGUUUAGGAGAGAACGAGGCUUACAGACUGGCCCAGUGGCAGAGCCUCUCUCCUCUCCUGCUGUCUCAUGACUCUUUGGAGACAAAGGCUGAAGCUCCUGAAUGUUGCGAAGCAGCAAGCUGGAUGGACUCCGCUCGUCGAACGUGACGCAACGUGGAAUGUCUUCAGACUGCCUUUUCUCGCAGACAAUGAACUCCCAAGUUUUAAAUGUAGCAAACCGCCAUUUGUUUUUUAUUUGUAAAAAGAAAUGUGAAUGAACAUUGUAUAUUUUGAAGCUCUGCGUGCUUUGUAAAAAUGUUUGAUGUACAGUUUUGAAGUAAUUUCUUAUGACAGAAAUUUAUAAAGUGAAAGCCUGUUAUUUUAUUUUGUUUAAAAAA